AUGCUACCAAGAUCUGCAAGCCAGGUAGGCAUUAUUGUAGUAACCGAACGAUUAGAAAAUUUGAACAUCACCAGGGAAUUCACAAUAUGUCGCGAAAAAGUCUAUAGUGCUUUAAGAUGGUUAAUCAGAAAUAACCCGCUUUACAAAGAUGUACGUAUUGACGACAAUGCCCAAAUUAGUGACCAGGAGUUAGUACGACUUAGUGUGCCCGAAUUGUCUGAAGAUGAAGCGUCCGAAAGGAAUGAAAAUGAAAUUCGAAAUGCAUUCAUUCCAAUUAAUAAUGUUGCAAGAAUUAUUCGAGCUUCAUGGCAUCAAGGUGACUACAACGUCUUUACUUUGCGAUAUGCUAGUGUACAAUGUAGUGCUAUGUCGUUGGCGAACAUUGUCCGAGCUGCAAUCCUAAGCCCUAAUCAAUGGGACGUCAAUAUUCUGAAUGCUAAUAUGUUAGCGGGUGACUCCUUAUAUUGCUGGAUUCGUACCCAGCUUGAUCCUACUGAACUGGAUGAAACAGGAUAUUUAGAGAUACGAAACUUUCAUAUCGUCAGGCAAAGUUUACAAAUGUAUGAAUGCCGAUUUUCUAUAGAAUAUGAUGAAGACACUCUUUUAUUCGGGAGUCUCCAAGAUUCUGUAAAUACCAAUAAUAUCGGCAUUACAUUACAUACAGCUUUAAAUAUGUAG